AUGUUGCUCUCUGUGCUGCUGCUGCUGCUGCUGGUCAGUGAUUCUCAAUCCACCCAUUUUCGUGGUACUAUGGUGACUUACUACCCAAUGGAAACCAACUCAGAUGGAUCCAUCUCUACCUGCACCCUGUCAUUCAGAGCAACUUCCAGAAGUAAUGAAGGUUGGUACGCCGUCCAGAUGGUGAUGGAGGAUUUUCCCCGACAAUCCAUCAGUCUGACUCACACCAACGGGUCAAAGGAAGUGAAAACUACCAACACUCCAAUCAGCAUGAUUCCUAUCCAGUUUGCUUUUCUAGUGGAUGGUAAUGCUUUGUCCUGCACAGACGGCGUUUAUCUGCCCAAAUUUGUGUUUCCAACCCCAGAACAUGGAGCUCGGUUCUACAGCCCCGUCAAUCAGACUCUGGAGAUCAAAAUCAGAGCAGAGGCAAAUCAGUCCAGGAUCGAUGGAGUCCUGUACAGCGGGCCGUACAACGUGGUCAAGGGUUCAUCAGGAUCGGGGAACUUCACCCUGAAGUGGACGCCAUCUGCCAGUGAAGGUGGACAGAGCCACCCCAUCUGUUUCAUUGUCCAAGCAAGCUCGUCUUACGGUUCUGARGCUGAAGAUCUCGACUACGCUGCCACUGAAAGACAAGAAUGA